UUAAACUAAACCAUUGGGUCACCAUGAGAAUCGGUGUUGCCAUAGUAACUCUGCUGCCUAUUUGCUCUUCAGUACCAAAGCACAGUCAGUGGGAUAGAGAAAUUCUAGCUUCAACAGAGAUUCCUGCAGAACACAUCGACCCUGGAUCCAUUGACCUGACUUCAUUAAUAAACACACUCCUAAAUGCUUCACAUGCAAGUUCUGAGCAUUUGUUCUCUGUUCUGAGUGUGACAUCACACAGCUCUCUUGCACUGCACAAAAUCACCUUGCUGGUCUACAACAUCUCUAGUUUUCAGGACAUUGAGACCAGUAUGUUUCCCCUGAGAUACUGCUACUGUGUGACAAACAAAACCAAUGACCUCACAGAUUUCACAGCCAUACUACUGGAUGUGAUGGGGAACUCAACUAGCUACCUGCAAGAGCUGUUUAAAUCUAGUUCUAUUCUUUCAAUUAGCCAGAUGAAGAGCUCAGACUGUAUCUACAUCUGUGUAAUGGCUGGAAAAACAGACAGAGAUCAGCCUAAACUGUGGGAUUCUGUUCCUCCACUGUUCAACCAGACCAUUGUAGAGCACACACACACAGCAAUAUCAGCAGAUUUCCCAUCAUCCUCCCCAGUACACUCGGCUGUUUCUGUGACUUCUCCAUCUGUGAUCACCACCACUGCAACUACUUCUUAUGCCCCUUUAACUGUUCCAACUACUGGUCACAUGGCAGCUGUGCCUUCAGCAGUGUCAAUCACAGCUGGCAUAAAUACUACUAGUACUACAUCACUUACGACAGUUCCCAUGAUAACGCUGCCUGUCAGAGUUCUCAUCCCAACAUCAGACAAUGUCCCAACAUUAAUUCAAACACUGCCAUCCAGAACCACUGCAGUUCCACCCGGACCACCAGCCACAACCACCAUCCAACCUGUACAUCCCACUGCUGCCACGGCAGCCACAUCUUCAACAGUUUCAACAGCAACAGAAAUAUCAAUUUCUGUGAAGACUGCUGCAACAGGAACCUCUCCAGCUACCAACAAAUCCCCUUAUAUCUAUAAACCAGGUGUGGCAUCUCCUCUUAAACUCCCAACACUACCCACCAAGCCCCUGCAUACUAUGCCUCAGCAGGUUAUCCUGCGUGAGCUGGAUGUGAGAGACAUCAUGGGUGGCGAGAUACUAGAGCUCCAUGGUGUGGCAUCUUCUCUUAAGCUCCCAACACUGCGUGAGCUGGAUGUGGGAGACAGCAUGGGCAGCCAGAUAGCGCAGCCCCAACCUCAACCCAGCACUUCCUUCCAACAAGUGCAGAGACAGAGUGUCGCGACAAGCUCUCCCACUGUGCGGGAUCCCAGCCAAAGCCCUGGCACGGUUAGCUUCAGCAAGCUCCCUCCUUGGUUUCCAACCGGCAUUGUUGCUGACCAGGAGGCCUCGUCACUAGAGCUGCGUCAGGGCACUGCCCUGUCUCUAGGCGGACCGGAGCAAUUCUGUUACUAUAAGAGAUUCUGUGCUGUUCUGACAGGUUGCCCAUGGCGUUCUGAGCUUAUCUAUAGAGGAAGCCAGAAAGAGGACCUGAAACAAACUCUGGACGAGGACCUGAGUGCAACGCGUCCUACAAUCAGCACAAUAAAGCUGCAGCCAUGUGUGUUUGAGCUGUGCAAGUUUUUCUCCCAGUGCCUUUGCAGAGGUUUCAGCCCAAAAACUAGUUUGCAGAGGUACUGCAUAGACAGCCAUUUCUGGUAUGAGAAGCAUACAGUGGAGAUCUGCAAACGUGUGAAAAGAAUCACCUUCUCCAAGAGUCUGAAACAGAAGUGCCUGGCAAAGAUGUGUGUUAAAAUGUGAGAAGAGCAUGAUGUCCCUGCAAGACUGUUACCGAGCAACAGACCAAAUCCCUGAACCCUUUCACCUCUGAAAAGAAGAGACCAUGGGAGAAAGGGAGGGGGAGGACGAGAAAAAGAAAAAGAGAAAGAUUGAGACAGAGAGAGAGAGAGAGAGAGAGAGAGAGAGAGAGAGAGAACAUAUCAGUAGUUGUAUAUUACCAUUAAAAUGCCACUGCAGUUCACACUUAUA